AUGGCUAAGGAAAAAAAGACCGCUUCACGUAGUGCAAUCGCUGAUGUCGUGACGAGGGACUAUACCAUUCAUUUGCAUAAAGCCGUCCAUGGCCGGAGUUUUAAGAAACGCGCACCGCACUCGGUUAAAGCAAUUCGAUCAUUCGCUAAAAAACAUAUGGGAACUAAUGACGUUCGUUUAGAUCCAUUGUUGAAUAAAGAAAUUUGGAAACAAGGUGUCAGAAGUGUACCUCAUCGUAUGCGUUUACGUCUUUCUAGACGUAGAAAUGAUGAAGAGGAUGCUAAAGAGAAAUUAUAUACUUACGUCACUUUUGUCCCUGUGGAUUCAUUUAAAGGUAAUUAA